AUGGAGACGUCUGUCCAGCAAGCACAUUUACCGGAUCACACAGCUCCAUACUCACAUAGCUUCAUACUCACACAGAUCCAUAUCUUGAUAUCGAACAUGAGAGUUACAUUCCUCUUCGUCGCUGCUGCUUCUGCUGCUUCUGCCACCGUAUCGGUAUCGGUAUCUGAUAUGACUGAUACAACCCUCCUGUCUACUGCGCCCCCAGCUGGAACCACCAGCGGCCCAUCGUACUGCACGGCAUCGGACUUGUCGCAAUACUCCAGCCUUCCCAAGCUGACGGGCAGCCUGUUGGAUGAGUUCUAUUCCUUCCACAGCGAGCUGCAACAGGACUGCACAGCCACUGAAAGCGGAAUUGGAGCCCAGUCCUGCUCCGUUCUGGAGUCGUCCUACUGGUGCAGCUUCAGCACCGCUGUCCCGAGCACCCUGCUCUCCGACUACUCCUCCUACGCCAGCUCUGCCGAAGCAAAACGACAGGCAGAUGCAGACCGCACGACGAUGACUACGACCACGAUGGCAGCAGGAACGCCGGGAGCAACGACCGGCCAGACGAUAACCGUGCCAUCUCGUUCGGGAUCAACUACAGGCGGACCGAAAGCAACGAAAGCAACUGCUAAACCUAAUGGAGCCCUUGGCCACCGAGGAAUGACUGGUAUCUGGAUGGUUGUGAGCAUGGGAAUGGCGACUGCAUUGGUGAACAUGAUGGCCUAA